AUGGACGGAUCUAUGACCUUACGAGAUCGUCGCAAUGCGGCUGCCGGCAUGACCGGCAUCUACUUACAAGGACUAAUUGACAGAGGGAUUGACCAAUUCCGCGAGAGAAAUUACGAGGCAGCCCUUGAAUAUCUAGACAAAGCAAUUCAACAAGAUGUGGAGCCUCCACUUGCUGUUCUUGACAAGCGAGCGGCGACUCAUGCGCGGCUUGGAGAUCAUGAAGCCGCAGUUGCAGACGCUGGAAGAAUGAUUCGAAGUGACCCAAGAAGCGCAAUGGGUUAUUUACGGUUGGGUCAAAUUCUGCAAAAUCAGAAGAAGUCAGAAAAGGCACUCAAAAUCUACGAACGUGUCAACAAUCAAUUGACAAAACUUCAGACCUUACAAGCAGCGGAACACAAGCUUCAUGCAAGUCUGACGCCUGGACUACUCCUAGACCCAUUGAAGGUUCUGCCGCAUGAACUGAUGCUCAUACUCUUUUCAUACUUGGAUUUUGUGGACAUAAUCAACACUUCAAGAGUGUGUAGAGUCUGGAGGCACGCUGUAGGGAGCAAUCCCGAUCUUUGGAUGAACCUGGACUUUUCAAGUGCUAAGCGACCAAUAAAUUUCAAGACAGUCCAGAACUACAUCAAAAGAUCCGCUUUCAAGGCCACUCGCCUGUCAACUUCCAGAGCCGCCAACGAUAUGCAGAAAACUGUAUGCUAUGUAGCAAGUCGCUGCAGGAGUUUAGAAGAGGUUACGUUCAACACUCCUCUUGUCAGUGAGAGCCUUUCAAAGGCAAUUCCCCUCUUAUCCAAUCUUCGAAAACUUGUCUUAUCGCCAUCCAGUGAGACUAGUAUGAGUAUUUUCACAGAGGUUCUUCUAAGAUGCCCUUGCUUGGAGCACUUUGUGUGCAUCAUCGAUACUCGGUAUGGUGGCUCAGAGGUCUUAGAUCGGCUAAAAGAGCUUCCGGUCUUGGAAACCUUGAGCAUGAGCUCAAAAGGCCCAGUUCGAAUGCAGCUCGAACCUAAGUUCUUCAAAAAAUUGCAGGCAGUCCGAAAUCUUAGCCUGCGCAAUUGGGAGCUCUGGAACAGCGUCGCCGGUGAGAAAUUCAGUUUUGGGAUUGAUUCCCUCCAGUCUCUUAAUCUCACUUCAUGUAAUAUGAGAACGUUUAUAGGACUGCCCACUUCGAUUCGUGAACUCUAUCUCAACGAUUGGGAUUACACGGCUUUCAACACACCCACGAACUUGCCUAAGCUAGAGCGUCUUGUCAUGACUGGAAAUCACGCAAAUCUUCAAUCAUUACAGAACCUCUUGGAUACAAAGCCAGAUAAUCUGCUAUAUUUAGACCUAUCGAACAAUGUAGUCCCCAGAGAAAUAUUCUUGAGGUUGCUAGAUGCAGGAUGUUUCGACAAUCUUGAGAUGCUUGUCUUGAACGCAGUCCAGUUCUUUCAAGAUGAGAGAGACUACGGGAGGUUUGCUGUCGACGACCGGUUUGUUGAGACACUUGUUCACAAAUUGGAGCAUCUGAAGCGCUUUGAAUUAGCACACUCUGUGGUCACAGGGGUCAGCGUGAAGUUGUUGGUCAAUGAAAUGAAGGAGACAUUGGAAUUUUUACGCCUGGAUCGUUGCCCGAAAGUCAGUAAGGAUGCUGUAGAUUGGGCUAGAAAUCAGGGUGUUCAGGUAUCUUACACAUUUUUCGAACCGCUGUUUGGUGGCAAGAGAAUAAGGUAA